GUAAGUGGAUUUUGGGAAAGGUGGUCAACCCGGAAAGUUCAGUUUAACUCUCUGGCAGAAUGGUGGGAAGUGGGCACGAAAAUCAUGUCGAAUCUGUUGAACGUUUUUUCAAGAGUUAUCGCCCAAGAACGGAACAGGGAAGAGAGAGCGUGCAAAAGGAGGGUAGAAUAUGCGGAGAAGAGAAUGAAAGAGCAUCCGAUAUCGGCAGUGGCGUGGUGCAAGGAGAGGGUGAAGAGACUUGAGGAGUGGGACAGACUGCAGCAAGAAAAAGCAGAGGUUUGGGCAGAUAGGUUGAGAGUUAAAAAUAUCUCGGUGUAUGACCGGAUGUCUAAGGAGUCUUUCCAGCGGCUGCUCCCACGGAGAUCUUCACAACCAAUGAAGGAGUUGGCCCACCUGUUCCACGACUCAGAGCCCAGAGCCUCCAAACCAGCAGAGCUAUGUGAAUAUGCCGCCUGUUACUUCCAGGACAUCCUAACGUCAAGAAGACAAGGGGAGGGCGCCAACGCCGAUUUGUCCAAAGAGAGCCUGCACUGGCAAAAUUUAAAGGUUAGGCUGCCGGUACAAGGAAGACUAGACCUUGAUAGACCUAUCAGGGUGGAGGAAGCAAAGGCUACGAUGGCAGAAGGGAAGGUGCCUGGCGAUGAUGGUCUACCGGUGGAGUUUUACUCCACCUUUUGGCACAUUCUGGGAGAGGAUUUAGUGUCCAUUUUUAAUGGCAUACUGGUAGGAGAAAAUCUCCCUCGCAAUGCAUGUAAUGGCAUCAUAUCGGUGCUUUUCAAGAAAGGCGACAAGAGUGAAAUCAGGAAUUGGCGGCCAAUUUCACUCCUGAAUGUUGCGUACAAGAUUCGUGCUAAAGUGCUCGCCAGUCGUUUGGGGAGAUACUCACCAGAAUUGGUGUCGGUGGACCAGGCUGCCUUCGUCAGAGGAAGAUCUAUCUUCGUGAAUAUUAUCACGGCAAUCGAGGUAAUGGAAACAGUGCAAGAGGAGAACAUGGACUUUGCUGUUUUACUCCUGGACAUGGAAAAAGCAUAUGACCGGGUUAACUGGUCAUAUGUUUUAACCACUCUCAAGAUCCUGGGCUUUGGUGAUUGCUUUUGCAAAUGGGUGGUUGAUAACCAAGAUGAACUGCUGCAACAAAGAGUGUUAAACCGGCUGGCUACAUGGGGGAAAGCUCCUCACCUCUCGUUAAUGGGGAGAGCUUUAGUGGUGAAUGUGGCCUUAUUCGCUCUCCCCUGGUAUGUGGGUAGGGUGCGACCGUUAGGCACCAAGACAAGGGCGGUGGUGAGAAGAAGAGCAGCGAGAUUCAUCUGGAAACCCUGUGGUUCAGAGUCGGAAGGGUUUAUAUCGAAGGUCGCGUGUCAUAGCAGGCAAGAAGGAGGCCUGGGCUUGAAAGACCCGGGCAAACAGAAUAUGGCAAUGCUUGCGGCAUGGAUCCCCAAAGCGAUGGCAGCCAACGAGGACGAACAUUGGGUGUUUGUGGCGGAAAGCCUGUUGAUGAAGAGCUGGCACCUGAGGAGGAGGGAGGACGUUUGGGCCUGUGUUAAUAUAGACUCGUAUCUGCGUCGACCCGUAUGCUCCGAAUUGUGGACAGGAAUCCUGAAGGCCUGGAAGAAAGUUAAACCGGACAAGUGGUCAGACCCGGUAACGAAGCAAGAGGUGCUAAUGCAGGUCAUCUUUGAGAACCCACUGGUUAAAAACAGAGAGGGGAGGUGGCUAGCUGCAGACAGGAAGCCAGGCAGCUUUGGUAGGACCUGGAUAGAGAAGGGUGUGGUUCGAAUAAGAGAUAUCUGGGACGAGUUUAGAAAUGACUGGCGGGUAGCAGAGGAACUGGAUAUGGGCAACCUCAAGCGAGUGGAGGAAAAACUGGCAGAGAUUAUAGAAGCCAUCCCAGCCUCUUGGAAGGAUCUUCUGGACCCAGGGAGCCUAGAUCCACCGGGCACCUGGUACACAGAUAAGAUGACCCGAGAUGCCACUCAUUUCUGGAAACUCGUCUGUUACAAGGAGGAAGGAGGUCGGGAGCGGAGGGGAGCAAACAGCUCUUCAGUUCAGCUGGCUCUUGCGAUGAGGAUGGUCAACCUGCUAGACCACCACCGGUGUUAGCACAAGUUAGAGUCAGGGAGUCGUGUGAUGAAGAAGGAGAGUGGUCUGUAUCUCUGUGGGGGAAUGGUGGUCUAAUUUCUGAGGCUAGAGUUGACCCGAAACAAUGGUCUUGGAGAGGGAGGGGGGAAGAGGGAUCCGAUCUGUUAGUUCUGGAUUACACGACCGAACUGGGGUAUAAUCUCCAAAAUCGGUCCCGACUGCCUCAGAUGGUGGCUGCUGACAGAUGGGUGAGGGUACUUCACGUGGAGCCGGAAUUUGUUAUCAGGUUUGUGCUUGAGUUGGUGGUUUGUCACGAUGCUCCGGACUUCUAUUUGCAGGGUUGUGGUUGACCUCUUACAACAAGGACGCGGCAAGUAUGUCUGUGUCUAAAGUGGUCAAAGUUGAUCAUCCCCCGUGUCGUUUCAAUCCUCUCUAUUCAGAUGAUGGACGGGUAGUUAAGCUUAUUCGCAAAGAAAAUUGGAGAGCCCAACAUAAUCAAGUGAAUCCAACCGUCACGUUGACACCAGAAAUGAUCAGUUGGCUAGUAUCAUGGAAGGGGGUGAAAUCCUUACAGCAAACUCUUUCUUGAAUGUAGAAGUUAAUAAUGUUAUAUUAGCGGAGAUUCAUGCCUGUGCGAUGCGAAAGCGGGCAGUCAGUUGGGGAGGUUUUGACUGUCAGGUCACUCUAUAUGCUGGCUCUGAUUUUUUCUACAAUGAUUGGAUGGAUGAGGUUUUCGUUGUUGUAAGAAAAAUGAUGAAGGACAUGAUAAUCAAUGUUGCUAGGACUA